CUGUCUGCCUGCCCCACUGACCUCGUCCAGACUGUCAGCCAGAACCGCUGUUCUGUUCAGGUUCUGUUCAGGUUCCUCUGCUCCCUCUUGUGCAGCUGGUUGAGUGACCAUCAAAAGAAGUCAAAGAAAUAUAUUUAACAGGCAUUUUUGAUGUUUAAGUAUUUGAGAGUUGGCAGAUUAUUAAUAUUGAAGGUAGAAUCAGUAGGAUUUGUCCCAGCUGUUCCUGAACGCACCACAAAGACAGUAGAUUGUUGAGUCUCAGUCCCAGGAUGUUAAAUAGACACACGUUGGGUUGUUACAGUGUUGGCAUCGAAAUCCUGAGAAUGUAAUCAAGUACCACUGAAAGUACUUUAACUAGUUUCUCCGUAGAGCAGAAAAACCCUGAGUGAGCAGAAAAAAGAGAGAAGCAGGAAACAGAGAGGAAGCUGAGAUACUGAGAACAGAGCUGAUGUGAGUAUAAAAGCAGCUCAGAUCAGCUCUGGACUCAGAUCAGCUCUGGACUCAGAUCAGCUCUGGACUCAGAUCAGCUCUGACCUCAGAUCAGCUGCAGAUUAAAGUCCUUCCUUCAAACAGAAGCUGGUCUGUCUCUGUCAGAAACAUGAAGACUCUGCUGACCUUCGCUCUGCUCGCUCUGAUCGGCCUCCUGCAUCACAACUCUGCCGGUCCGGUUGGACCAGCGUCCAUAAAACGAUCCUGCUGUCCAAACGUGCGACAUGUUCCUGUUCCCAUACAAAUGAUCCGGGACGUAGAGAGGAGCCACAGCAAGUGUCUCCGCUCAUCAAUCAUACUCACAACUGUGUGUGGGAGGAAGUUUUGUCUGGAUGGAAACUCGGCCUGGGUGAAGAAACUCCUGGCAUACUUUGAAAAGUCGACGGCCAACAAGAAGUCGCCAUCUGCUCGUCUCAGCUCCUCACUGUGUAGAAACUAGAGCAGGAAACUGGACAAUGCUCCUUU